UAACAACACAAAUAUACUCGUUACAAUCACCAAAAAUGAAGCAUCUCCCAGUCGCAGUUCUUUUUUGCGCUAUAUUUCAAUUAAAUCCGACCCUCGCGGUGUCCCCACCGGGCCCCACCGACGUCCUGCCCUUCGAAGACGACGCCCGCAGCGCCCGAGAAAAAUGCCAGGGCUCCAAAAUGACCCGAUUGGAGCCCGAAAUCGAACGAAAACUGUUCGGUCACGAGCACCUCGAGCCCCACCAGAUCGAGUACCACGCCCUGUGUUUGUGCAUCGAGAUGGGCCUGAUGAAAAUCACCGGGGAAGUUUCCCAGGAAAACGUCAAAAGUCACCUGGCUCGCGUCAUUAGAGACGAGGCCGCUCUCCAGAGACAGUUAGAAAGAUGCAUAGAAGCCGGACCGACGGCUUUGCAGACUUCCAUGCACUUAUUUUUCUGUCUGCACGACGCCAUGAUGACACACCACGAUUUAUAUUCUCAAAAUGGGAUACCUCUAUUCGGACCAAAAGCCCUCGACUACGGCUCGCCUCUAAAUACUGCCGCUACCCAACCUAAUCCCAAUACAAUUAUUACCAAUGAUACUUCGAAGUCUACUGCAGCUUCUAAUUCUGCUGCAGGUUCUAAUUCUACUGUAGAUUCUGAUUCUACUGCAGGUUCUAACUCUACUGCAGCUUCGAAAUGAAAUAAAACGAACAAUUUAUUGUAUUAUUUCUUGUUGAUCAAUAAAUUUUAACUCUACUGCAGGUUCGAAAUGAA